AUGGCGCCUCAGAACGCCUGCGCGGUGUCCGUGAAGGUCUGCGUGGCGCCCCUGAACGUCCGCAUGGCAUCCACGAAGAGCUGUGUGGUGCGCGCUGAGGUCUGCGCAGCGCCUACGAAGGUCUGCCCGGCGCCUAUGAAGGCCUGCUGCUUCCUCAAGCAGGGAUGCAUGCCAGUCAUCCAGGACAGCUUCUCCUCGACCACCGGCAGUGGCUUCCUCGACCAGGGCCGCUGCUUUCCUAGUCAGGGCAGCGUAGUGCCCAGGGACGAAGGCGGCAAGGGGACGAAGGCGGCAAGGGGACGAAGGCGGCAAGGGGACGAAGGCGGCAAGGGGACGAAGGCGGCAAGGGGACGAAGGCGGCAAGGGGACGAAGGCGGCAAGGGGACGAAGGCGGCAAGGGGACGAAGGCGGCAAGGGGACGAAGGCGGCAAGGGGACGAAGGCGGCAAGGGGACGAAGGCGGCAAGGGGACGAAGGCGGCAAGGGGAAGAAGGCGGCAAGGGGAAGAAGGCGGCAAGGGGAAGAAGGCGGCAAGGGGAAGAAGGCGGCAAGGGGAAGAAGGCGGCAAGGGGAAGAAGGCGGCAAGGGGAAGAAGGCGGCAAGGGGAAGAAGGCGGCAAGGGGAAGAAGGCGGCAAGGGGAAGAAGGCGGCAAGGGGAAGAAGGCGGCAAGGGGAAGAAGGCGGCAAGGGGAAGAAGGCGGCAAGGGGAAGAAGGCGGCAAGGGGAAGAAGGCGGCAAGGGGAAGAAGGCGGCAAGGGGAAGAAGGCGGCAAGGGGAAGAAGGCGGCAAGGGGAAGAAGGCGGCAAGGGGAAGAAGGCGGCAAGGGGAAGAAGGCGGCAAGGGGAAGAAGGCGGCAAGGGGAAGAAGGCGGCAAGGGGAAGAAGGCGGCAAGGGGAAGAAGGCGGCAAGGGGAAGAAGGCGGCAAGGGGAAGAAGGCGGCAAGGGGAAGAAGGCGGCAAGGGGAAGAAGGCGGCAAGGGGAAGAAGGCGGCAAGGGGAAGAAGGCGGCAAGGGGAAGAAGGCGGCAAGGGGAAGAAGGCGGCAAGGGGAAGAAGGCGGCAAGGGGAAGAAGGCGGCAAGGGGAAGAAGGCGGCAAGGGGAAGAAGGCGGCAAGGGGAAGAAGGCGGCAAGGGGAAGAAGGCGGCAAGGGGAAGAAGGCGGCAAGGGGAAGAAGGCGGCAAGGGGAAGAAGGCGGCAAGGGGAAGAAGGCGGCAAGGGGAAGAAGGCGGCAAGGGGAAGAAGGCGGCAAGGGGAAGAAGGCGGCAAGGGGAAGAAGGCGGCAAGGGGAAGAAGGCGGCAAGGGGAAGAAGGCGGCAAGGGGAAGAAGGCGGCAAGGGGAAGAAGGCGGCAAGGGGAAGAAGGCGGCAAGGGGAAGAAGGCGGCAAGGGGAAGAAGGCGGCAAGGGGAAGAAGGCGGCAAGGGGAAGAAGGCGGCAAGGGGAAGAAGGCGGCAAGGGGAAGAAGGCGGCAAGGGGAAGAAGGCGGCAAGGGGAAGAAGGCGGCAAGGGGAAGAAGGCGGCAAGGGGAAGAAGGCGGCAAGGGGAAGAAGGCGGCAAGGGGAAGAAGGCGGCAAGGGGAAGAAGGCGGCAAGGGGAAGAAGGCGGCAAGGGGAAGAAGGCGGCAAGGGGAAGAAGGCGGCAAGGGGAAGAAGGCGGCAAGGGGAAGAAGGCGGCAAGGGGAAGAAGGCGGCAAGGGGAAGAAGGCGGCAAGGGGAAGAAGGCGGCAAGGGGAAGAAGGCGGCAAGGGGAAGAAGGCGGCAAGGGGAAGAAGGCGGCAAGGGGAAGAAGGCGGCAAGGGGAAGAAGGCGGCAAGGGGAAGAAGGCGGCAAGGGGAAGAAGGCGGCAAGGGGAAGAAGGCGGCAAGGGGAAGAAGGCGGCAAGGGGAAGAAGGCGGCAAGGGGAAGAAGGCGGCAAGGGGAAGAAGGCGGCAAGGGGAAGAAGGCGGCAAGGGGAAGAAGGCGGCAAGGGGAAGAAGGCGGCAAGGGGAAGAAGGCGGCAAGGGGAAGAAGGCGGCAAGGGGAAGAAGGCGGCAAGGGGAAGAAGGCGGCAAGGGGAAGAAGGCGGCAAGGGGAAGAAGGCGGCAAGGGGAAGAAGGCGGCAAGGGGAAGAAGGCGGCAAGGGGAAGAAGGCGGCAAGGGGAAGAAGGCGGCAAGGGGAAGAAGGCGGCAAGGGGAAGAAGGCGGCAAGGGGAAGAAGGCGGCAAGGGGAAGAAGGCGGCAAGGGGAAGAAGGCGGCAAGGGGAAGAAGGCGGCAAGGGGAAGAAGGCGGCAAGGGGAAGAAGGCGGAACAACAACAACAACAACAACAACAACAACAAUUGAAUCUAAGAUCUUAA